AUGACAGAUGGAGGGCUUAGCUUUGGUGCUGCCACUGAAGGUUAUGAGGAGGAUCCACAGGCAAAGCUUUGCAAUGAAGUUUGCGUGGAGGUCUUCAGCGUGCUGCAGAAGAUGCGAAACUCUGUGGUCUCAGCUGAGAAGGGCCAAUAUAUCUUUGAAAUAGGUUGGACCUUUUCAGCCAAUGCUACCUUGCAAGAGUGCCUUAGGCGGUCUGGAAUGCCAAACAACGCGACAAACCGUUCCAUCUCCUGUCUAGUUCCAUCUAGUACCUACCAAAAGAUGCAUGGCUGGAUUCCGAUUUGUGUCAGAAGAUGUGGAAAGACUAGAUCACAUGGUUUCCAUGCAAUACUGUACCACUUCGCCAAAAGCAGCAAAGCACAUCACCAUAUCGCGAGUUGGACUUCACCACCUCACAAAUCAUUAAGACAAACACAUCGGCAACAGAUCACCACGCAUUGCUAA